AUGGCCAUGCACCCCACUGCAGAUGUCAAGUCGAAUCUAGGCGCCAUCCUACUCGGCGGACUUGUCUCUAUGGUGUUAUCGGGCGUCGUAGCAUGCCAGACAUUCCUUUUCUUUCGCAUAUAUAGUGAUGACAAACUCAAGAUCAGGCUUCUGGUUUGGCUUGUGUGGGUCAUGGACUGCGUGCACUCUGCACUCAUAGCGGCGGCCUUGUGGAAGUAUUUCGCCUUGGGGUACGGAGACAAGGAUCAGACAGAUAAUGUCAAUCUGGAGACAGCGCUCACCCUUGCCUUCACCGCGGUGAUCACCUUGAUAGUGCACCUUUUCUUUGCCUCUCGUGUGUUCAGGCUCAGCAGAUCCAACUGGUGGUGUACGGCGCCCAUAGCAGCCCUCGCCUUCUGUCGCUUGGCUGCAGCCAUUGCAUCGACUUACGAGUUGGGGAGGUUGCAUCGCUAUACAGCGUUCUCAGAACAGUACAAGUGGGUCUUCACGCUCGUUCUUGCUCUGUCUGCGGUUCUGGAUAUCUCAAUUGCCGCGGAGACGGGCUGGUAUUUGCAAACUAGCCGAACAGGCUUUCAUUCCAUGGAUCAUCUCAUUGACGUGCUGCUUUUGUACACGUUCAACAAUGGGGCGCUACCUUCUAUAGCUACCGUGGCGUCGCUGAUCUGCUGGCUAGCGAUGUCCGAUAACCUCGUGUUUCUCGGCAUUCAUUUCUCGGUGGCGAAAUUAUACGCUAUGUCGCUUCUCAUCACUCUCAACACUCGUCACUCAGUCCAUCGGCGCAGUAGAUGCCAGGAGGGAGAUUCGCCUCACCUCCCUGUCUUUCUAUCAAGCUCGAUCGGGCGACUCGGCGGCAAACACGCUUUCCCCUCCAAAGCGGCAAAAUCUCGGCACGGACAAUCGGCGGAGCCGACAAGCACACAAGUCUCCGUCAACGUUGAGCGGACUGUACACUUCGACUUCGCGCCCGGUGAGACCGUGGAAGAUGACUGCGGAGGGCAUCCAAUGCAAGUGGCUGGUGAUAAACCGCCUACAUCCCCAGGCCUUCUGAAUUGCAAUGACGAUCUUGAGAAAACCCCGUCUUCUAUCUGA